GGGCCUGGCCGCGGGGCCGAGGCGAAGGGGACUCCUGGCUCCGUCCUCUCGAGCCGUCCCCGGGGACCAUGGCUUCCCGGGAGAAAAGCUGGUCUAAACUGUCCAGCCUGGCCAAGCAGUGGUCGCUGGAAGAUGAAGAGGAGGUGGAGAGGGAACGUCGGAGAAGAUACCGCAACUUGAGUUCCUCUACAGAUGAUGAAGGCCCCAGUGGGGGCCAGCAGGCGGUGGAGAGACUCCCCAGCGUGGAUGAGGCCAGUGUCCUCAAGUUGUCACCACCACCCUCUCCUGACCAGGACGAAGCUUUUGAGGCCGUACUGCAGACGGGAUCCAAGCAGCGGCAGAGGUGGCAGGCGGAGCCUGGGCAGAGCCAGAGGAAGGAGAGGAAGAGGACAGAGAGUAACUCAAGUCAGAAGCAGGAUGAAGCAACUGAGAAGAGCCAUAUGCAGGAGAGACAAGAAGCAGAAGUCAGAGGAAGCCAGGGACAGGAAGCAGAGGCUGGAGGGAGCAAGAGUCAGGAAAUAGAGGCUGGAGGGAGCAAGAGUCAGGAAGUAGAGGCUGGAGGGAACAAGAGGCAGGAGAGGCAAGAAGUAGAGACUGGAGGGAGUGAGAGUCAGGAAAUAGAGACUGGAGGGAGCGAGAGUCAGGAAGUAGAGGUUGGAGGGAGCAAGAGGCAGGAGAGGCAGGAAGUAGAGACUGGAGGGAGUGAGAGACAGGAAACGGGGGCUGGAGAGAGUGAGAAGCAGGAGAGACAUGAAGCAGAAGCUGGAGAGAGUGAGAAGGAGAGACAAGAAGCAAAGCUUGAAGAGAGACAAGAAGCAGAGCCUGGAGAGACCAAAAGGCAGCAAAUGAAAGCAGUUGGUCCCCAGGACCCGGAACAGCCCCAGGACUUAGGGUCAAAGCAGAAGGAAGUACCUCGUCCACCUCCCCGUCAGAGACUCCUCAGGGAGCAGAGGAGACUGCAGGCUGAAGGAGCCAUUGGGUCAGACAAGGAAGAGAAGCAUCUGAGGGGAGUAGAACUCCAAGGGGAGAAGGCAGAGCCUCUGGCCUCUGCUCCGGGCCAGGAGACUCCAACUGGAGACCAACCGGGAUCUGAACCAUCAGGGCAGAAGGCCCCCGCUAGGGAAAAUCAGAGAGAAGAGCAGAAACCAACACCACCAGUAGGGGCUGUGUGUGAGCAGCCCAUCACACUUCAGGUGAAGGUUGGCAGAGCAGAGGCAGAGGAGGUCACCUCUCCCACCCAGAGCACCCAAAACGUUUCUUUCAGCCGUGCCAACCCUAGGACCAUCUCCUUCCGGGUGAACUCCAAGAAAGAGAGCUCAGAGAUGCCCUUCACUCGCAGUGCCAGCAUGAGGAUACCACCCAGUAGGGUCAAAUUAGAGGAGAAGCUGGAAAAAUACAAUUCUGCUGUGCAGAGAUCAGAAUCCAUCAAGUGUCCCAGUUCCUCCCGGACCGAUUUGCUCGUGGCGCCUCUGGGUGUGGCCAGCAAGCGGAGUUUCUUUGAGAAGGAGCAGAUCAGCUCAAACCAGGCCGACUUUUCCACCUCCCGUCGGAAGGAGGACCUGAAGCUCUCGGGGGUGGUGACAACACGGCUCAACCAGUGGAUCAGCAGGAGCCAAAAAUCCAGGGAGGAACGAGAGGCCAAGGAUGUGCAGAAGGAGCCUGCUGCUUCUAUCAAGCAACCUCUCCAGGGAGACAAAGUCACCACCUCUUCCACUGACACACAGCUGUAGCAGGAAGUGCCUCAGAAUCCACCAGCUGAGCUUGGACCCCACCGACCUUGCUCUUCCCCUUUGCUCCUGUUCUGCCUCUCCUGCUACUGCUGAUCCUGGAACCUGCAGGGAUUGAACUCCAGGUCCUGGAGGGGGACCAGGGAGCUUCUGGGAAGACUGGCAAUCUCAGAGGGAGCCGGCUGUGGUCGAGGACUGAGAGAAAAUCAGGGCAACAAAGUAGCUGCCUUUUCCUGAGAAGUUUCUCUAUCUGAGGCCCUGGUGGUUGGCUCGGUGCAGGGGUCAUGCCCUCUGAGGAUACCAGGCAAAGGUCCAGGCUGUGACCCUCUGUGAAGCUGAUUCAAUCCUCCCACUCAGCCCUGUGGAAGGCCUCUGUGCAGUAGACAUGGGGCCCCAGCACAGAAAAGCCACAGAAGAAUAGAACCAGUCGCUUCUCCCUCCAGGGCACCACCUCUAUCAGUGAUCCCAGGGUGGGAUCUCUCAGCCACCAGAUUUGCUUCUUUUUCCCCCCAGAAUGUUUCUCCAUCUGCUUCUGUAGUUCUCAGGGACUCCCCCAUCCCCCCUUCCCUAUCACCUUCCUUUUUUUAUCCGAAACAGCCAAAGGUCUGAGUCCUCAAAGGAGGUGUGAAAGGCGGGGGAGACCCAAACAGGUGAGCUUCUUCCAAGCUCUUCAAUCAGACUGUCUGCCCCCCACCUAUCUCCCAGCCAGUCAGUACAUCAAUUUAACACUUGCUGUGUUCCGAGUAUUGUUUUAGAUUGUUAUUAUUUAAUGCUUGCUGGGUUCAGAAUACUGUUUUAGAGUCUUAUUGUUUCCCCACUCCAUGUAUUAUUAUCAUGCUCCUCCACUUUUGUCUCUCCACUCCUCGUUGUCUUUCUCUUCUCUCGUCCUCAAGCACCAAGCCCCCACCCCACUUUUUUCUGUGGAUGUAUGACAGGGUACAGGGGAUUCUGAAUGUAGAAAGGCCCCAAACCCAGCCUGUUUUGAACUUUGGACUCCAAAAAGGCCAACUUAGUUUCGCCAGCCCCCUUGCCUCCUUGGGGAGGUGAAUGGUCAUUUGUGCCAAGUGAGUGAUAAAGAAGGCAGGUUCCACCCAGUUCAGUUUUGAGGUGGAGAGAAGAAGGGAAAGAGACUACUCACACAUAGGCCUCUUGGGCCGAUUACCCACCAAGACCAAGAUCAGACUGAACCUGAGGAAAAAGACAGCUCCCAGUGGUGAGGUGCUGAUCCGGAACUAGUUUGAACUCGGACAAAGGGCUGGCUGAAAUUCAUAGGUAACAUAGCCAGUCAGCAGCAGCAACAGAAUGCAUUUCCUCUCUAAAGCCCAGGCCCUGGCUGGCGGAAAGGGUAGGGGGCAUCCGUAGCUGUUGCUUUUCCAACUUCUGGCAGAUGGAGGCACUCAUCUCUUCGCUGAGUAGGUUCGAGUCAGCUGACUGCCCUUCCCUUUGAAAAGAAAACUACCACUGGCCUCAGCCUCUGUGGGCUCAUACUCUGGUUCCAGACAUUUCCUCGGACUUGAGGAUGUGCUAGGAAAGGACCAGUCCACAGGCGUGCUGCAACCUGGGGCCUGACCUGCCUGAGGUUAAUCUCUGGGGGUGCCUACAACGGGGGUGCCCCUGGUGGUUGGGGGACAGGAGGGUGGCCUGGCUCUUGGACCUGUGAGGAGCUCUCCUGCAGUCUUUUGACACCACUUUCAUGGAGUGUUACCAUGGCUGACUGGCUCAGUCGAAUCUUCUUCCCUUCUCCCCCCUCCCCGCCCCCUGCUUUCAAGGUGGGAUCCUGAUGGAAACUGCUUUCCUGGCUCCUAGGCCAGGGGAUUAGUACAUGGUGUAGUGGGGAAACUUUUGUCUUGAAUAAAGUCAUAGUUGUCCUA